GGGAAAAGGAGCACCACAUUGGUCCACUUAAUUUUUGAGGACGGCACGAUUUAUUUAAUCCUCGAGCUCUAAGUCAACAAGACGAUGACAUUGACACAGUCAUAUCCCCAGCUUUCCCAUUUUAUAUUGAAGCCAUCCUUCAGCUAUCAGGGCUUCUAUGAUAAGCAUAGAAAUUGUCAGUUUAGCUAUAAUCCUGGAAUGGGGAUUCCAAUUUUAGUUCUCCUUCUUUUUCCUAUGAUCUCAAUUUCACAUUCAGAAUCAGAAUUGUGUUCAAAUAGGGGCACCUAUAUGGCAAACAGUACCUACUCCAAAAAUCUCAAUACAGUGCUCUCUUCUCUGCCUUUAAACAUCACAGAGAAUGGCGGUUUUUACAAUGGCACAGCAGGCCAAGACCCUGACAAAGUUUAUGCAUUAAGUCUUUGUAGAGGAGACCUUUCUUCGGACAAAUGCUACCAUUGCAUUAACUCCACAAUCCACGGAAUUAAAGAGCAGUGUCCCAAUCAAAAAGAAGGAAUCAUGUGGGGUGAGGCUACUACAUGUAUGGUAAGGUACUCAAAUCGUAAUAUUUUCUCCAGGAUGGAGUCUUCCCCUUCAGAGUGUGUGUCUAAUCCGAAUAAUUUAACUGGAAACUAUUCUCAAUUCAAUGAAACGCUGUAUGAUUUGAUGGGAAAACUCAUAACACAAGCUUCUUCAGGUUCUUCUGGUUUAAAGUUUGCAACAGGAAGCUCAGAUGAAGUGUUUGGGCUGGUGCAGUGCACCCCAGAUUUAUCGAAGGCUGAUUGCAGUAUUUGCCUACAUGGGGCAAUGAGAGAAGGAUGUGGGGUUGGAAAGGGAGGAGGAAGAACUCUUAGACCAAGCUGCACACUUUGGUUUGAGACCUUCAAAUUUUAUGACUCUAAUACUUUUGAUUCCCCACAACUCCCUCCAACACCUACAGUCAAUUCUCCUCCUGUUGCAGCUAAUUUUUCUCCACCUCCUCAGACAAGAACAAAAGGAAACAAGAGUACAUCUCAAAUUGUUACUAAAAUUACUGUGCCUAUAGUCGUUAUUCUAGUGAUACUGAUCACACUCACUUACGCCAUUUUGCGAAAGAGGUUGAAGCAUAAUUUCAAAAGUAUGUCAGAUGAUGAUACAAUCAGAAGACUGGAAUCAUUGCACUUUGACUUUAGCACAAUAAAAGCAGCAACAGAUAACUUCUCUGAAGAUAAUAAGCUUGGACAGGGAGGAUUUGGUUCAGUUUACAAGGGCAUGCUACCAAAUGGACAAGAAAUUGCUGUGAAGAGAUUAUCCGGAUAUUCUGCUCAAGGUGAAGAAGAAUUCAAGAAUGAGAUUCUGUUGGUGGCUAAGCUCCAACAUAGAAAUCUUGUUAGCAUUAUAGGUUUCUGCUCAGAAGGAACAGAAAGGAUUCUUGUGUAUGAGUUUGUGAGGAAUGGCAGCCUUGAUCAUUUCAUAUUUGAUGAAAUCAGGGGUGCCCAAUUAAAUUGGGAAAUGCGUUAUAAAAUCAUAAAUGGUAUUGCUCGAGGGAUUCUUUACCUUCAUGAAGAUUCUCGCCUUAAGGUCAUUCAUCGCGAUUUGAAAGCAAGUAAUGUCUUGUUAGAUGAAGAGAUGAACCCUAAAAUUUCAGAUUUUGGUAUGGCAAGACUGUUUGUUUUGGAUCAAACCCAAGGCAUUACUAGAAGAGUUGCAGGGACUUAUGGAUAUAUGGCUCCAGAAUAUGUUUUACAAAAUCGAUUCUCCAUGAAAUCAGAUGUAUUUAGCUUCGGUGUCAUAGUUCUGGAGAUGGUGAGUGGUAAGAAGAACAGCUGGUUGAGUAAUUCAAAUGAAGUAGAACAUCUUUUAAGCCAUGCAUGGAAGAAUUGGAGAGAAGGAAAAAUUUCAAAUCUGUUCGACAAUACACAGAAGAAUGGUCCAACAGGUGAUAUAAUCAGAUGUAUACACAUUGGGUUACUAUGUGUUCAAGAAAAUGCAGCAGCUAGACCCACCAUGGCAUCAGUUGUUCUAAUGCUCAGUAGCCAUUCCCUAAGUCUGCCACUACCUUCACAACCUGGAUUUCUCAUGUACAGUAGCACAAAGUCAGGCAUGCCUUCAUUGGAGCCAACGUCAGGGACUACCAUAUCCAAGCAUUGCACGGAAAAUACUGAAGCAGCAGUUUAUUUGUCUGUAAACUGAAAAUUUCAGUGACUAAUCAAUGCCAUUGUGAUGAGGUAUGACAUGGUAUUACAAAAUAUGAUUAUGUUUCUGAAUA